AUGUCAAAAGCUGAAUCAAAAGAAAUCCACCACAUAGAACCAACUCUUCUUGAUGAGUAUUUGGCCACUUUCCUGUUGUCCCUUAAAAAGUCAAAUGGCACAGAUUUUGAACCAAGCUCCCUCCGUGGCAUCAUUGCUAGUGUUGACAGGUACCUGAAACGACAUCGCUAUGGAUGUUCAGUCAUGACAGGGACUGGAGCCCAAUUUGCACUCACAAGGGACACCUACAAUGCAAAGAAAAAAAGUCUUAAGAAACAGGGUAUGGGAAACCGUCCUAGGGAGGCCCAUCCGCUGAGUGAUACCGACAUCGAUCUGCUCUGGGAGAAGGGGAUCCUUGGCACGGAGUCUCCGAAAGCCUUGUUAAAUACAGUCUGGUUGAACAACUGCCUUCAUUUUGGCUUGCGAGGUACAACGGAGCAAUACAAUUUGCGGUGGGGAGACGUCCGCCUCCGUGUAGACUCGAAUGGUGUCGAGUAUCUCGAGUUAAACGAGCGGCAAACGAAAACGCGCACAGGAGAGAACAUCGCUGACAUAAGAAAAGUGUCUCCCAAGAUGUUCGGCACUUCUGGACCAAGAAAUCCCGUGUUAAUUUACAAGCUGUACUCGAAUAUGCGUCCAUCUGAUUUUUCUUCAGAUCAGCACCCUUUCUACCUGGCAACACGCACAAUUGACACUGCAUCCCAGUGGUUCUUGCGUCAACAAUUGGGUGUCAACAAGCUGGGUCAGAUGCUGAAGGCCAUGGCAAAAGACGCCGGCUUUCCCGAGCACAAGAGAAUAACCAACCACUCAGUUCGCAAAUUCCUGGUCCAAAAACUUCGAAAUGCAAACAUUCCACCCACUGAAAUCAUGGCCAUAACAGGGCACAAAAAUGUCCAGUCCAUAACCAAUUAUUCCACCAUAUCUGUUGAACAGCAGCAAAAGUGUUCCAACAUUCUUGCUCAGUCCAGUAAAUGUAACAAACAAACAGCUUCCUCUUGUUCACCUUCAUGCACUGAAACUAUGGUCGAAAUGCAGCCUACACAACCACUGUCUACCGUUGAACAAGUUGAUCUUGAUUUUCGUCCCACCCAGUCACUUCACCAGCAAAUGUCUUUCUCUCGUUCGAACAACUUUGCCUCACAAUUCUUUGGUGCCACUUUCCACAUUCAAAAUUUUAAUGUGAAUAAUUAGAUUAAAUCCAAGUUGUUAUUGUUAUUUCGUCACGAAAUAACCACAUAUUACAACAAAGAAGCAAAUGUU